AUGGCUCCGAUGAAGCUGUACGGUGCGACGGUGUCGUGGAACGUGACUCGGUGCGUGGUGGCGCUGGAGGAGGCCGGCGCCGAGUACCAGAUCGUACCCAUCGAUUUCGCCACCGCCGAGCACAAGAGCCCUGACCACCUUGCCCGCAACCCCUUCGGUCAAGUUCCAGCUUUCCAAGAUGGCGAUCUCCACCUAUGGGAAUCGCGUGCAAUUUGCAAGUACGUUGCCCGCAAGCACAAGCCUGACCUGCUGAGGGAAGGCAACCUCAAGGAGUCAGCAAUGAUGGACGUGUGGCUGGAGGCGGAGGCCAACCAGUACACCGCUGCACUGAACCCUAUCCUGUACCAGUGCCUCGUCAGCCCUAUGUUCGGGGGCACCACUGACCAGAAGGUGGUGGAGGAGAACCUGGAGAAGCUGAAGAAGGUGCUGGAGGUGUACGAGGCGCGCCUGGCCAAGCACAAGUACCUCGCCGGAGACUUCCUCAGCCUCGCCGACCUCAACCACGUCUCCGUCACGCUUUGCCUGCUCGCGACGCCCCAUGCUUUUGUGUUCGACGCGUACCCGCACGUCAAGGCAUGGUGGGAUGGCCUCAUGGCCAGGCCGUCUGUCCAGAAGGUCGCCGCGCUCAUGAAGCCGUCUGCUUGA